AUGACAUCUCCACCUUCCCCACCAGCUUUUAUAACAGAUAUUGAAAUAAAGAGAUUGUCUCCAGGAGGUCCAGACAAUGCUACACCUCCAUCUAACCCACCACCUUUUGUAACAAAUAUUGAAAUGAAAGAGAUUAGUUUUAAGAGGUCCAAACAAUGCGACAUCUCUACCUACGCCACCAGAUUUACAACAGAUAUUGAAAUAAAGAGACUGGUUCCAAGAGGUCCAAACAAUGUGACAUCACCGCCUACCCCACCAGCUUCUAUACCAGAUAUUGAAAUGAAAAGAAAAUUUCAAGAGGUCCAAACAAUAUGA